GUUGAGAAGGCCGAACAUGUGCUCUGUCUCUCAAGCAGUUGAAGCUUGGGGGGAGAGGGUAACGAGCAGAGCAACAAAACACCAAAUAUACCGAUUCGGAGAUAGAGAGUAAGGACAUACGAUGGAUACGGAUCUACGGAUCUCAGAAGCUCAGAAGCUAGGAAGAAAGGGGAUUUUUUUUCAGGGUCCCCGAGAGUGGCAAGCCCGGAGGACGAGAUGCUGGAUGCAGUUGCGGAUGCGGGGGUGGUUGGCUUCGGCAUGCCGCGGCAAAACAACUGACAGCCUCCGCUCGAGCGAUGGUGUAGCUCCCUGUGGCAGCUCGCGGCUUACUUGAAGAGAAGAUCUCCUGUUGCAUUUUUAUUUUUUCUCUCUCGAGUUGUCCCGUCCCUAAUCAACAAACCCACCGUCAGCCAUUGCGAGGUGCCAUUGCUGCCAUUGACGAUGUCUGCUGUCAACCGUGGGUUGCGCCAGGCCACCAAGUCCCUGCACACACGCCUUCCCCAGCGCAUCUCGCAGCGCUCCGCUCUGCCAUUGUUGAGCAGCACAUUUAAGACGGCCGCCCCCCUCACUCCCGCCGCCCUCCACGCCCGCAGAAGCAACUUCUCCACCAUGGCCUCUCUUCAGUCUGCCGCGACCACAGCCCCUUCCCCCGCCGGGCACAAGGGCUACGAUCCUGAGAUCCAGGACAUCGCCGACUAUGUGCACAACAAGCCCAUUGACUCUGAGCUUGCCUUCGACACAGCGAGAUGGGUGUUCCUCGACACUCUCGGCUGCGGUCUGGAGGGUCUCCAGUUCAAGGAGUGCACCAAGCUCCUCGGCCCUAUCGUCCCAGGGACCGUCGUGCCCAACGGCACCAAGGUUCCCGGCACACCCUAUCAGCUCGACCCCGUGAAUGGUGCCUUCAACAUUGGUGCUAUGAUCAGAUGGCUUGACUACAACGACUGCUGGCUCGCUGCUGAGUGGGGACAUCCCAGUGACAACCUGGGCGCUAUCCUGGCCGUGGCUGACUGGAUCACCCGUACCAACAAGGCCGGCGGUAACCUCGCUGGCGGCAAGAUCUUCACCAUCCGCGAUGUUCUCGAGGCUAUGAUCAAGGCGCACGAGAUUCAGGGCUGCCUUGCUCUGCUCAACUCGUUCAACAAGGUUGGUCUGGAUCACGUAGUUCUCGUCAAGGUUGCCAGCACGGCUGUUGUCAGCAAGAUGCUCGGCCUCAACGAGAAGCAGACUGCCGAUGCCAUCACCCAGGCGUGGGUUGACGGCCAGAGCUUGCGUACCUACCGCCACACCCCCAACACCAUGUCUCGCAAGUCGUGGGCUGCCGGUGAUGCCUGCCAGCGCGCCGUCAACCUGGCCCUGAAGGUUCUCAAGGGCGAGAGCGGUGUUCCCACCGUUCUCUCCGCCCCCGUCUGGGGCUUCUAUGAUGUCCUCUUCAAGGGCAAGAAGUUCGAGUUCCAGCGCCCCUAUGGCAGCUACGUCAUGGAGAACGUCCUGUUCAAGGUGUCCUACCCUGCCGAGUUCCACUCUCAGACCGCUGUCGAGGCCUCUGAGAAGAUCCACGCCCAGCUGAAGGCCAUGGGCAAGUCUGCCGCCGAUAUCAAGGAGAUCACCUGCAGGACACACGAGGCCUGCGUCCGCAUCAUCGACAAGCAGUUCAAGCCCAUGGACAACUUUGCCGAUCGUGACCACUGCAUCCAGUAUAUGUGCUCCGUCAUGCUCGUCUUCGGCCGUCUUACUGCCAACGACUACGUUGACGGCAGCGAGGCUGCCACCUCCCCUCUGGUCGAGUCUCUUCGCAAGAAGAUCAAGUGCGUUGAGGACCCCCAGUUCACCGCCGACUACCAUGACCCCGCUCUCCGCACCAUCAGCAACGGCCUCACCGUUGAGCUCAACGACGGCACCGUCCUCCCCGAGGUUGUCAUUGAAGCUCCUCUCGGCCACCGUCUCCGUCGUGAGGAGGCCAAGCCAGUGAUCAUGGCCAAGUACAAGCGUCACUUGGAGCCUCACUACAGCGCCGAGAAGGUGCAGGAGCUCCUUGAGCUCGGCCAGAACCCCAAGAAGCUCGAGGCUAUGGAGGUUGACCAAUAUGUGGAUUUGUAUGUUAGCGAGAACAGCAAGUUUGUCAACUAGAGAGUGACAGACAGGCUCAAAAUAGACUUUACUAAAUGCAAAUACAAAAAAAAUUAAUUUUAUAUAUAUCCUCA